AUGACCUCCUACAGAGAGCCAGGUCUGCACAUUUUGGGUCCUGAAUGGCUGGAGAUUGCCGAUCAUGUCACGCUCUCGUUUGGAAAAGGUACACCCGAGGAGUUACGGAAUCAAGUGAAGUUGCCUUUUGAGUUGCCUCCACCCACCGGAAUGACGAUCACCGACAGACCGGUGCCCGGAUAUGAUGGUGGCACCAACCAGGUUCGCAUCUACAAGCCCGAGGAACCCUCGACCAACGGCGCCGUCCUGAUAUACGUUCAUGGCGGCGGUUGGACUGUUGGAAACCUGGACACGGAGGACGCGUUCUGCCGCACCGUAUGCAGAGGCAACCGGAUUGUCGUUGUUCAGAACAACCUAGAUUUCCUCGGAGGAAAGCCAGACAACCUCAUCAUGGGAGGCUUGAGUGCCGGGGGCAACAUUACAGCAGCACUCGUUCAACGUGCCAAGGCCACAGGUCUCGUCUCCAUCCGUGGGCACAUCCUGCGUGAACCUCUCGUGGUCCACCCGGCGGUCCACCCGGCGGGCGUCGACUUCUCGAGCUAUGUCGACUCCGAGGACGCCCCGAUCCUUCCGGCCCUCGGGGUGCACCGCUGCCUCGAGUGGUACAAGCCCGUGCCCGACGAUCUGCGCAUGUCGCCCCUCCUGGCCGAGGACUUCUCGGGUCUGCCGCCGGCAUACGUGCAGAUUGCCGGAGUUGACCCCCUGCGGGUUCCGGUGCGCGUCAGCGUGUAUCCUAGAUUACCUCAUGCGUUCCAGAUGGUGCCGCUGAAGUCGAGCCAACAGAGUGACAAGGAGCUCAUCUAUGCUGUGAAGUGGCUCAUUGGAAGCGACCGAGACGAUGACACAGGCACUGGCAGACCCAACCGUCUCUCUGGGCGGGAGCCCUGGGCUGACCGCCAGGAUAUGGUCAACAAGUGGUGUGGAUGUGCCAUCGCCGUCGGUUGUGGUUGUUCCGGGUGA